UAUAUUCGCCAAGUGCAUCACAUAGCUUCGGCGCUUGAAAAGCUCCAAGUGCUGUUGUUUGUAUAAGUACUUAUCCUAAAAGUAUGGCCUCUCUUAUACGAUUUCGUUGUUAUGCCUAUGGACUCCCAGAGUCUCCGCCAGAUCUUUCGACGUUCACAAAGACAACUUCUGUUACAGUUUGUGCUGUUCUGCUGUUCCACUAUCACUGUCCUCGGUGGCUAUCGAUCUAAUCCCGUAUUCGUGACCGUCUUCGGAGUGCUGACGGCUGUUAUCACUUUUGUUUCAAGUUCUAACGUGUAGAAAACCGCCCACCUUCGCACGAGAGGGACAUUGAGACUCGUCUUCU